AUGAUCGCAACUGGUGUUUGUGGCGUCGCGCUGGUGCUGGUGUUGGUGGUUCUGAUUCCGGUCAUGGUGAACUCCGCCGGAACUCCUGCCCGCUACGAGAUGCUUGGAUCUUGUCAGAUGGUGUGCGACUCCCACGGGACCGCCACGGCGGCCACAGCCAAGGCCACCAGUCCGAUGAAAGACAACCGGCUGGUGCAGUCGCUGCCGACCUUCAUCCAGGGACCGCAGGGAGAGCCGGGGCGCGUCGGGAGGAUGGGGCCCAGGGGUCCGGUCGGGGAGCCCGGGCCGCCGGGACCGGCUGGUCCUCCAGGGGAGAGGGGCUCACCUGGGCCCCCGGGGCCACCCGGGUUACCGGGGAUAAACGGGCCAACCGGUGCCAUCAGCGCAGCCACCUACAACACCGUGCCAAAGAUAGCGUUUUACGCGGGGCUGAAGAAGCAGCACGAGGGCUACGAAGUGUUGAAGUUUGACGACGUCGUCACCAACCUUGGCAACCACUACGACCCGUCAAGCGGAAAGUUCACAUGUUCGAUCCCCGGGAUUUACUUCUUUGUUUACCACGUGCUGAUGCGAGGCGGGGACGGCACGAGCAUGUGGGCUGACCUCUGCAAAAACAACCAGGUGAGAGCCAGCGCCAUCGCGCAGGACGCAGACCAGAACUACGACUACGCCAGCAACAGUGCCGUCCUUCAUCUGGAGCCUGGGGAUGAAAUCUACAUCAAGCUGGACGGGGGGAAGGCGCACGGAGGCAACAACAACAAGUACAGCACCUUCUCCGGCUUCAUGCUUUACGCAGACUGAAACAACUGAAAGAAAGAAGGAAAAAAAAAACUAAAAGUGCCGCUCUUCUCAUAGCUUGUUUCACUUCCCAAGACAGGUCUCAGUGUUUCUGUUGAAAAUAAUUGA